AUGGGGAACGUUUUCGCAGCUGAUUAUCCUAAUGCAGGAGUGCCUUGUAUUCACAAGGUUCCUACGAAUCUUCGAAGAGAAAACGAAGGAGCCUGCACUCCUCUACUAAUUGCAAUAGGCCCUUAUCACCAUGGCAAAGUAGAAUUGGCUGACAUGGAAGAGCAUAAAAUGAGAUAUAAGGAAGAAUUUAACGAUCGAUUCGGCCAGGAUAAACAGAAGGAAUUCAAAAAAUAUAUCAGAGACAACGAAAGUCAAAUCCGCCGUUAUUAUGCUGACCCAUCCAACCUUUCGAGUGCAAACUUUGUUAAAAUGAUUCUACUUGAUUCUGUCUUCAUCAUCGAGCUCUUCUUGAGAUAUUACCGUAGAGAUAGAAGAAAUUUCUUGGUAGAGAACUUAUGGCUAGGGGCUAUAAGACGGGACUUGCAAUUACUCGAAAAUCAGCUUCCGUAUUUUGUGCUUGAAGAAUUAUAUGAGUUGGCCUUCCCUUCCCCAGCACUGGAUGAGAACUUAAUUCCACCCUUCCGUUAUCUUUCUUGUGUUUUCUUUUGCCUCCAUGUCCCGCCCAACAUACCACCUCUAAACAAAGAGAUCAAAGUUAAACAUUUCACCGAUUUAUGUAGACAAGCUCUAAUGGGAACUAAGAAACCCAAGUUAGAUGCCAUCAAAACCGUGAAAGGAUUACCGCGUGCAGUCGAGUUGCGAAAGUCGGGAGUGAAGUUUAGGCCUCACAUGGAUCGGAAGAAAUAUUUAGUUGACAUAAACUUGAGAAGGAGAAAACGACCAGUACCCUUAUUUAAUGUAGUUGAGCUGCAAAUCCCACCAAUGUGCAUUAACAAUUACACAGAAAGUUUGAUCCGAAAUGUGAUGGCCUUCGAGCAGUGCUAUUAUCCAUCAUAUGCCUACGUUUGCAGUUAUAUUGGACUAAUGGGUUGUAUAAUCGCAGAUGAAAAAGAUGUGGAUUUGCUUGUUAGGAAAGAGAUUAUUUCCAAUCAGGUAGGCAGCAAUGCUGUGAUUGUGGACAUUUUCAAGAAACUCGGCAAAAAAAUUAGACCAAGUUUUUCCUAUUACUCCGACAUUUGUGAUGAUCUGAGAGACCACUACCACAAUCCUUGGAACCAUACCAUUGCAAAAUUGAAACGUAAGUAUUUCAAAAAUCCUUGGAGAGGUACCAGAACUGUUGUUGCAACUAUAUGUCUGCUGCUCGCUUUCAUACAAAUUUUAAUUCCUAUCCUUGAUGUUGUCUUGGCUGAAUAA